GGAGGAGCAAGCUCUAGGCAGGUGGAGGUGCACGGGCUUUUACGGUCAUCCCAAUCAAGCUCGAAGAUCUGACUCCUGGAGUUUACUUAGGGACCUCGCCCGGAUGAGCACCUUGCCUUGGCUCUGUUUUGGUGAUUUCAACGCGAUUCUUGAUCAAGGAGAAAAGAAGGGUGGCCUACCUAAACCGAGCUACCUGAUACAAGGCUUUAGAGAGGCUCUUGAAGAUGCUGGUUUGCUCGAUUUCCCACUUGGAGGUUAUGGAUUUACUUAUGACAAUGGGCGUAAAGGAGAUGCUUGCGUUGAGAAAAAACUUGACCGAUUUCUUACGUCAAGUUUGUGGAGGCAAAAAUUCCCUUUAGCUACCUCAACAACCUUUGACUUCUCUUCUUCAGAUCACCUGCCAAUCUUUAUGCGAAUCAAAGCAUGGAUUCCAAGAGCACAAGCUGCCAAUUCAGAUUUGAGAACUCCUGGACUGGUGACCCAGGAUGCCGAUCCCUGGUUUUGGACUGCUGGCAGAUCUGUGGAGCUGCGGAGUUGGAACAUAAACUAGAUUUCUGCUCGGAAAGACUAUUGGCUUGGGGGAAGGAGUGGAAGGAUUGCUUUGGGGCAGAGAUAACUAUCAUGCGGAAGAUUCAGUAGCACACUAGAGGAAAAUGGGAUGAUACUAGCAGAAGACGCUACCAGCGCGCGAAAGAAAGGCUUUUUGAAUUA